UCCCUUGACGUCGCCCGGUGGCGUACCGAUUCAUACUGUAUGGUACCAUUUCACACCACCGAAAUUGGCUGGCCGCGUAAUCGGGUUACAAUACCAUUUCCAUUGCUAAUGCCUAGAAUAGCGAGUAUCCGAGUAUCUUGUCCCAAGCAUCUCAUCCCAAGCAUCGAUGAUGAUAAUACACAGGGGGUCCAGGAACAGUCUAUGAACAGAAGUAUGUCUAGUAAGCCCUGUCGCAGACAGAAUCGAUUGCACAAAGCCAGCAUGCCAGUUAUCAUCACUGGCAACAAUUCGCGCUUAGAUAGCCAAGCCAAAGAACCAGAGAGAGAAAAAAAGAAGAAGAAAGAAAAAGAAGAAAGAGAAAAAAAAAAAAAAAAAAAAAACGCCGGGCCCAUCGGACAAGUAUAGAUUGACAUGGAGGUAAAAUGCACAGGAAAAU